AGACCAUGCCACACCAUAACCCUGUCCUGGACCAUGCACUGCGCACGCCGGCAUUCAUCAAGCUCGCGGGGAAACGUGUAGUGCUCGCGUCCAACAGUCCCCGAAGGCGCGAGAUCCUCCGAGUCGUCGGACUGGAACCGGAGGUCGUACCCUCGACGUUUGCGGAGAAUCUUUCCCAGAGGGACUUCGAGAGUCCGUAUGAGUACCCGGUCGCGACGGCGACCCACAAGGCUGUGGAAGUCUACGAACGGCUUGUGAAAGAGGAUCCUGAGGAUCCCCCGGAUCUCGUCAUCGCUGCGGACACUGUCGUCCUGUCGUCCGUGACUAUGCCUGUGCCCGGAACGUCCGCUAGCUUGAUCAACGAGCCCAUCCCGGAGAUUCUGGAAAAGCCCAGUUCGCAAGCGGACAACUUGCGCAUGCUGCUGGACCUGAAUGGGCAGAGGUGUGAGGUCGUCACGGGUAUCACGAUCGUGUAUCCCGUCCUAGCGGCGCCUGGUUAUGCUAUUCAAUCAAUCGACGAGCGCUCAUUUGUCUACUUCGCGGACAGCCCCGUUCACCUGCUCGAGGCCUAUGCCGACUGCAGGGAAGGAAUCGACCGUGCAGGUGGCUUCGCUGUCCAGGGUCGUGGGGGUCUGUUGAUCUCGAGAGUGGAAGGAGACUAUAAUAAUGUGGUUGGCUUCCCGGUCACGUCGUUCUUCCACUGGUUAGAGGAGUUGAUUGAGGAAGAUGAGGAUUUCCUCGAGUGAUGGCCUGAAUUCGUACGCUGAAUGGUAUUGGAUUACAUGCAUACAUAGAGAAAGUGUAAGGGAUUGGUAACUGAUAAUUUAACAA